CCGCGCUUUUCAGGUCGAUGUUACCGGGGUGCAAAGAUAGCUUUUCUGCCUGCGGCUGAGCGUGUUCAUGUUGGAACACUGUCAUCGACUAACAGCACCAAAGAAAGAAGCCCGACACCUGGCUUCCCUCAUUGGGUCACAUGGGGGUUGCCUGAGCUGUCUAGUAUGGCAGCCCUAAGACGAUAGCUGCUAUGAGGUACUCAAGAUACUCAUCAGCUAUACCGCUAUUUCUAGCGGCCACGCCUCGACCUGGGGAACUCAUCGAGGUCGCAAGAUUUGUCGGCGAUAGAUCCCGCAUGAGGCUAGCGCACGCUUGAUCCCCCAUCUGGGCUGGCAAGAACUUUUUUGGUCGGACGCUGGACAACACUUGCAUGAUUUUUGGAUGCCCGCUCGGCACGUACACACGGCGACCCUCUGAGAAAUGAUCUUCAUCAGCUCCUUGCUAGGUUCCCCGUGGGUUAUCGAUCUGAGCCGGAGCCCCAGCACAGGCCGUGCCGACCCCACUGAAUGGUUGCUGCAUUUAUUUCGCCCAACCGAAUGGGCCACGGCCAAUUGACUGGGGGUGGAUUUGCAUGUUCCGUUGUUCUGGUUCCAGAAGACAUCUGUCCUGUCAGGGGUCGCACGAUCCAAUCUCCAACCUGGCGCGCGGCCUCCCGCUACAACGCAAACAUUUCGGCUGGGGCAGCGCAUACAUAGGACCAGGCAUCUAGGCUAGUCUCAAGAUCGUGUUUGCAUCACCACAAGGCUAGCAAUCGGAGGGGCCUGGUAACGAACGCUGAGCGACACUUGAAGAAGCUCAUGUCGCGUUGGCGUCGCUAGCUCGUGUCGCUUCUGAUAUGGUCCCAUUUGUUUUAUCGGCACACACACCGGCGCAGUUCUCAAAUGAGCAGAUUGCGCCGGCUUGCUGAGCUUUCAGGGUGGAGGGCGAAAGGCGGGUGACGAAUACAUGUGGGGUUGAUGGAAGGACGACGAGCUACCAGGUACACAAGGUGAGGUGGCCGUCUAACACAUUCUUUGCCGCAGUGCACGCGGGAGGACCUUGCCGGCUGCAACAUGCGCUGUGAGGACUCCAGUCCCCACCGGGCCGAGCUCUUCUGGUCCCGGCUGUGGGAGAGAUCGUUUUGGGUACAUUGGCUCAGCCUCCCAUCAAUCUACCAGCCUAUUGGGGGUAGUACCUGCGGCCUAUCCAAUCUCGGAGGAACAUGUUAGUGAACGAGCUUUGACGUGGUGCCAUGAAAAGAAGAAUAAAAAGCCGGUAUCGCCAGACACGUGGAACAUGAGAGAAUUCGGCCAAGGGAGUGAACCUCUGCAACGCCGUGGUGGCUGGCCGGCAGGGAAAAACAUGACGCUGUUGUUCGGCCUGGGCAGAAGGCACCAACGAGACAUGCGCCAAACAAGGCAAAACAGCAGAAUCCCUGUCGGCUGGAGGACGAGCUGGAGCCACGGUGCAGCGCUGUGCAUCGGUGGAGUGAGAGCUGCUCCACUCAACCACUGCGGGCUAGCGCGGCGUCCUCGCCCCUGGUCCGAGCUUGGCGUGAGCAAGAGCUUGAACGUGAGCGCGGCCUAUCGACUGACGUAGCCGAAGCUUUCGAAGGAAACCCCAAUCUUGCA